CUCAGUGGAAUGUGAGUCAACAAUAAUAAUGCAAUUUAUAACGCGCGCAAAUUUGCGGACGUAACGGCGGCAACUCAGAGGCGCGGAGCCAAGCUCAGAGUCACUCGAAAGCUCGUGGCUGUAGAGGUACUCUUUUGCAGCUGGCAGCCCAGCCCCCACGUGCAACAGCAGCAGUAGCAGCCAGCAGCAGCAGCCCCGAGACAGCCACCCACCGCAACAAUGCCUCCUCUGCAAACGCGGACCGCCCCGCGCCCGCCGCGUCAUGCACACUUCGAGCUUAUAAGACAAAAAAAAACCAGCCACUCUUUCUCCAUUUGGAAACAACUCAAGCCGUACAAACAACACGUACAUGCGCACGCCUGACCCCCAGGCCGCAUCGACAACAGGGGCAGUAGCAACGAGCAACAACGCCACCAUCACCCCCAUCGCGCAGCAAUGCCCACGCAUUGCAACGAGGUUCUGCUCACCUGGAUGGGGCUGUGCAUGGCCGCGGCAGGUGUCCUCAACACGCUGGCCAAGGAGAUGGCCUACGGUCGCUUCUGGGACCGCGAGGGGCAGCCGCGUGUGAUGCUUCCCGCAAGGCUGGCGUGGUGCACGCAAGAGCUUCCCUCUUUCGCGGUGCCAGUGAUCCUCCUGCUGAUGCACGUGGGCUCCUCCGAGCGCGACUCCGUCGACGCGGUGAACAUUGUGCAUCUGGCAAUGUUCUGCGGGCACUACUUCCAAAGGACAUUCAUCUUCUCAUUGCUGUCUCGGGGCCGCCCCACAUCCUUGUCUGUCAUGGUGAAGGCAUUUGUAUUUUGCGCCCUCAACGGAUACCUGCAAAGCUACAACCUUCUGAAAUGCAAGAGCUACCCGUCGGACUGGCUCACCGAUGCACGUUUUCUCAUAGGCUCCAUCAUCUUCCUGGCUGGCAUGGCUAUGAACAUUCACAGCGAUCGGAUCCUUCGAAAUCUGCGGAAACCUGGGGAGUAUGUGUACAGAAUCCCACGUGUGCCUCCAGUGCCUGUCUGUGCGCUGGUGCGGCUGCAGGAGGGUUGUUCGAGCUGGUAUCCGGUGCCAACUUCCUGGGCGAGAUUGUGGAGUGGAUCGGCUACGCCCUGGCCACCUGGACCUUCCCUGCCUUUGCCUUCGCUAUUUUCACCAUCGGUUGCAUCGGGCCUCGCGCCCUGCACCACCACCGAUAUUACCAUGAACAUUUUUCAGACUAUCCCAAGUCAAGAAAAGCUUUAAUUCCAUAUUUUCUGUAAAAGGCCACUGCUGCCCUUAAUCGAGUUGUCAUUGUGCUUUAUAUUUUAAUACAACAUUCUAGAAUUUACAUUUACCACUUUGAACGCCGCUACCAAGGACAGUAUAACGAGAACUUGAUGGGAGACUACAUUUGGGGGCUCAUUCGUGAAAGUGAUUUACAUUAUAAUCGUAAAUCUAGAAAAACUACUCCCUUCUAAAUUUUUUGUCGUAAUUUUUGUAUUACUUUAGUAUAAAUACAUGUUAAUUUUGAUUCAUGUGUUGUUUUUUAUGACUUUAUGUGAACGUAAAGACACAAAUUCGCCCGUUUUCUCAUUGAAAAUAGGUACAUUUCAAAAUAUCACUGUCCUGGUCAUAAAAGCAAAAAUUGUGGGCAAUAAUAGCCAUUUUCUGUACUCACAAGUGCUUCUGUUUAAUAGGCAAGUUAAUAAACGCAGGAGGCAUCACAUUGA